UUGUUACGCCGCUUGCUGCCGGGGAAACGGGAGAUAUUAGUGCGAAAUUGUGCCGGCGUCGAGAAACUCCCGCCAUUUCGACAAGGAACCAACCUCUUACAGACAUUAUUUUAAACAACAUUUUUUUGUUUUCUCUCAUAGAACGACCAGUAGAUAAGUAGAAGAAAGACCCGAGACCACCUCGGCUUCCUACGGUCGAGUAAACGAGUGAAUUGUUCUUCGCGCCAGAUCUCCCGCUGCUCCGGACUGUGAGCUCUGGCCGCGAAUUGGACUCGGGGCUUGGAUUGCCUCCUGACAGCUCAACCGGGAAGGAAUAAGUUCGCCAAAUACUUGAACACAAGAAUAAAAACCGUCUGUUUAUCCGGGACCUUGCUUGGAAUAGCUAUGGCGUCACUGCUAAAGCACAGAAGAGGAUUUCGAUGAGGAGGCGAGGACGGCACACUGUUUUGUUUUGCAACGGCAGAGCAAUCCGGGCCGCUAUCUAGCCGGCUAGCUGCUACACGUUGACUUCUUCCUGGCCUACCGGUGAAAACUUGAUACAUGCUAUCAGGCGAGAUACAGGCAAAGGUCAUAUUUUACAUCCGAGUGUUAAAGUGAUUAUUUCGUUGCACAGUAGCCAUUUGAUUUACAAUGGCGCCUCUUUUGGGCCGGAAGCCUUACCCAUUAGCUAAGCCGUUAGCCGAGCCGCUAGGCCCAGGAGAGGAGAUCUACAUCGUCGAGCACACCAAGGAGGCCUUCAGGAACAAAGAUGAAUAUGAGGCCCGCUUGAGGAGGUAUGAAGAGCGCAUCUGGACGUGCAAAAGUACUGGAAGCAUUCAGCUGACACACAAAGAAGCAUGGGAAGAGGAACAGGAAGUCACAGAAUUGCUUCAGGAAGAAUAUCCUCACUGGUUUGAGAAACCUAUCCUGGAGAUGGUUCACCACAACACGGUGUCUUUGGACAAACUAGUUGAAAUGGCCUGGGUAGAAAUUCUCACGAAGUAUGCUGUUGGGGAAGAGUGUGACUUCACGGUGAGCCAAGACAAAAGUUUACGAGCGAAGGUGGCAAAGAUUCAUCCCCUUGAACACCCUGAAGGUGAAGCUGGAGAGAAGAAGCUUGAAGGUGCCUGUGAUUCUCCCUCCAGUGACAAAGAGAAUACCAGUCAAGAGAACCAGAGGAAGGAACCAACCCGUAGAGUGGAGGAGAGUAGGAGAGAGACCCUCUGUGAGAGAGCACGGCGUUCACCAAGAAAACUUCCCACUGCCAUGAAGGAAGAAAAGAAGAGGUGGGCAAUUCCCAAAUUCCUUCCUCAUAAAUAUGACGUCAAGCUCGUCAGUGAGGACAAGGUAAUUAGUGAUGUGCCAGCAGAUAGUCUUUUCAGAACAGAGCGCCCACCAACCAAAGAGAUCAUCCGUUACUUCAUCAGACACUAUGCACAGAGGCUCGGCAUGGGGGAGAGCGCACCCUGGGUGGUUGAAGAUGAAUUAGUGAAAAAGUUUAAUCUGCCCAGUAAAUUCAGUGACUUUCUUCUCGACCCACACAAGUUUUUAGCUGAGAAUCCUUCUGCCAAGCGCAAGAGCUUGACUUCUCCUGAAGGUAAACCUAAAAAGAGGCCAAAGACACCUGGCACACCAGGAGAGCACUUGGGAAAUGAAAAAGGGGAGAAGAAAAGAAAAAACAAGAAAGAUGCUCUCGUCAAGGCCCUUAGUCCCACCAUCUGGGGUCAUGUGCAGAAAAUAAAAAUGAAUGGUUCACCAUUAAAAGUAAAGAACUCUGGAUCACCCAAGAAAGGUCUUUCCGGCCCAAAAUCUGUUAAAAAAUCUGGAGACAAGAAGGAUGGGAAGAAACCCGGAAAGGGCGGUGAUAAGAAUAUUCUCAAAGCUUCUCGAAAAGAUGCAAAAGCAAGUGCCAAGACACCAAAGAUGAAGCAGAUGACCCUGCUGCAUCUAACUAAGAGCCCUGCUGCAGGCAGCCCCAAAAAACGCGCCCGGAGUAGUAGCACUGGCACUCCCAAACUAGGGAAGCCAUUACAUCCAAUGGCUCUCCACCUUCUUCGUUACUAUAAGGAGAACAAGGGCAAAGAGGACAAAAAGAGUGUUCUGUCGGCCCUCAUCUCAAAGGCUGCAAAGGCCCUGUCACCAGAUGACCGUGGCAGACUACCCGAUGAGCUGAGAGAGCUGGUUGAGAAACGCUGGGAGAGACUGGAGCAAAAGAAACGCUGGGCAGCCAUGAGUGAAGAGGAAAAGCAAGAAGAAAUGAAGAGAAGACGCAAGGAUCUCAAAGAGAAACUUCGGGAAAAAGCCAAGGAACGUCGCGAGAAGGAGAUGCUACUCCGUCUUGAACAGUCUCGUCGAUACGAGGACCGGGAAAUCAAAGGUGGCAAGACGCUGCCGACAUUUAAGCUUGUUGACAUGCCCGAGGGGCUGCCGAACACCCUUUUUGGGGACGUUGCCAUGGUUGUGGAAUUCCUUCACUGCUACGCCGGCCUGCUUAUGCCAGAUGACAAGUACCCCAUCACAUCGACGGCUCUGAUGGACUCGUUGGUCGGACUACGCUCUGGUUUCCACUACCUGAACCGUGUGCUGGUGGUGCUGCUACAGACGCUGCUGCAAGACGAGCUUGCGGAGGGCUACAGUGAGCUUGAUAUCCCUUUAUCGGAGAUACCCCUGACCUUGCACUCUGUAUCAGAGCUGGCGAGGCUGUGUUUGCGUCCUUUUGACGCACAAAGUGAAGAGAGUGGUCAGGAGUCCGUGGAUCUGGCCUUGAGUGGCUUUGAUGAUGUGGUCACUAGCGAGUUUCUCGAGAAGCUCGAAACUGUCGAGGUGUUUGAGCUCGACCCGGAAGAAAAAGUCAGCCUGCUGGUGGCACUGUGCCACCGCAUUCUCAUGACAUACUCGGUGGAAGAUCAUGUUGACGGCAUGCAGCAACGGACCGCUGAACUGUGGAAGGAGCGCGUGGCAAUGCUGAAAGAGGUCAAUCGUAAGAAGGCUGAGAAGAAGAAGCAAAAAGAGGUUGAAGGCAAAGAUGAUAGGAAAAAAAAGGAUGAUCCAAAGAAGGAGUUCAAGAAAGAAGUCAAAGUUGAGCUGGUGGACAUGAUCAGCUCAGUCAAGAGCAGGCAGCUGAUGAGCAUGCAGGCCAAGAGAGAAAGAGAGGAGAUGGACAAACAGAAUAAAGAACGCAUGGAAGAGGCGGCCGAAGAAGAGAGACUACGCAGACAAAGAGCGACCGCGGAAAAGAACUUUCAGGAGGGUAUUACAAAGGCCAAACUGGUCCUGCGUAGAACUCCGCUGGGUACAGACAGAAAUCAUAACAGAUACUGGUUUUUCUCCGACGUGGUUCCUGGAUUGUACAUUGAGAAAGGCUGGGUCCAUGACAGCAUAGACUAUAGCUUCACACCUCCUCCUGAGGAAAAAACAACUGAGCCUGAUGUGGACGAUGAAGACGAUGAGGCUGAUGAUAGCGGAAGUAUCGAUGGCACCAAAAAUGACGAAGUCCAGCUGGGGGCACCAACAGACGUCUGUAUAGAAACUACAGUUCCUAAGCAGGGACAGAAUCUCUGGUUUAUAUGCGACAGUCCUGCUGAACUGGAAGAGUUGGUGGACAGUCUUCAUCCUCAUGGAGUUCGAGAGAGUGAGCUGAAGGCAAAGAUAGAAAGCAGGUAUCAGGACAUCAUACACUCCAUCAAUCUGAGCCGAAAGGACAAAGUGGGCCUUGAUGUCCCUGAUGAGGACACAGAGCUGCUGAAAUUUUUGCGCAGUGAUAUUCAGGAGAUGGCCUCACGUCUCCUGAAAGGUGGCUUGGGAUACUUUGACGAUGACAAAGACAUAGAAGAUCAGCUUGAAAAAAUGGACAACUUGAAAGAUUUAGGAGAGUCCAUCAUCACCAUUCAGGCAUGUGUGAUCAAGAAGUUCUUGCAAGGAUUCAUGGCCCCCAAGCAGAAAAUGAAGAAAAAGCAAGGCGGGGAAGAAAACAAAGCCGAAGAGAUGGAUGAGGAAAAGAAACUGGCAGAGGAGGCGAAGGUGGCAACAGCACUAGAGAAGUGGAGGACAGCCAUCCGUGAGGCCCAAACCUUCUCCCGCAUGCAUGUGUUGCUGGGGAUGUUGGAUGCCUGCAUAAAGUGGGACAUGUCUGCCGAGAAUGCUCGUUGCAAAGUUUGUCGGAAAAAAGGUGAUGACGAGAAACUCAUCCUCUGUGACGAAUGCAACAAGGCCUUCCAUCUUUUCUGCCUGAGACCGGUGCUGCACCGCAUUCCCGAAGGCGAGUGGUUGUGCACGGCCUGCCAGCCUGCAGUGGCCAGACGGGGCACACGCUCAAGGAACUACAAACAAGACAGCGAUGAAGAAGAUGAGGAGGAGUCCGAAGAGCAAGACUCUGACGAGGACGAAGAUGAUGAAGAAGAAUCUGAAUACAAGGCCAUGGGCCACAGCUUGAGGCCAAGAAAGAAGAGUAAACAGUCUUCAGCCAGGCAGAAAAGUAAACCAAAAAAGAAGUUGUCCUCGACUAGUCAGAGCAGCAAGCACAGAACUGGCCUCAGCAGCCCUGCAGACAUCGAUGAACUGGUGCGCCAGAGCUCCCAGUCAGGAGUGCGCAGACAAGCACUGGAGCUGGAGAAGUGUGAGGAAAUCCUUAAAAAACUGACUAAGUUCCGAUACAGCUGGCCUUUUAGAGAACCCGUGUCUACUGAGGAAGCAGAGGACUAUCUGGAUGUCAUUUCACAGCCCAUGGAUUUCCAGACCAUGCAGAGCAAGUUUGGCCAAGGCUCGUAUCGCCACGGCCACGACUUCAUGGAAGACAUCAAGCUGGUCUUCUCCAACGCGGAGGAGUACAAUGAGCAGGGCAGCACCGUGCUCUCCUGCAUGACUAAGACAGAGACGGCCUUCACGGAGCUGCUCCAGAAGCUGCUACCCGGCCUCAAUUACCUCCGACGACACUCACGCAAGCGCGUCACUCGCGCUCGUGUGUCGUCAGAAGAGGAGGACGAAGGGGAGGAGGAGGAAGAGGAAGAAGAAGACAAGGAAGAGGAGGAUCGGCCACUGCCGCAGAAAUUGAUUGAGAAUGGCAAGUCAAAUGCCAAGAGAAGCAGAAACAGACGGGGAAUACAGGAUGAGAAUGAGGAGGAAGAGGAGGACAGCGGCAAGAGGAGGAGUAAGAGGACCGCUUCCAAAUCAUCCGGGAAAGAUUACAGGGAGCAGGAUUGUGAGGGUGAGCGAGACACUCGCAGAACUCGUCCGCGCAGAGGCCGGUCUGAGGCCGACAGGGAGAGCACCGAUGAUGAAGGGACAGGCCGGCAGCGACAUUCCAAGAGACAGAAACACUCGUGAAGCCCCCAGGGAGCUUUUGGUUUUUCUUCAUCCUUUUUUGAGUUCUUCUUUCAAGACCAAGUGAUCAGACUCCUUUCCAUCAGCCAGCAGGGAAUCAAACCUCACAAUGACUCUUAUUUUUAUUUUUUUCAAAAAAAGGAUUUCUAUUUUUGACAAUUAUGACAUUAUUGGGGGGGGGGGGUUCCCCAUUUGAAAACCAAUGACAUUUAGAGAGGUCCUCACCGCUCUUCAUUUUAUCAUUAAUUUUUGUUUAACACGUUUCUCAAAUUCUGCUGGGAUGGAAUCGGCCCGACUUGAUGUGCAUGGAAGAAAAGCACACUCCCAUUUCUCACUUGCUUUGAGGAUUUAGAAAAUGUUCCGGUGUCACAGCAGUGUACCAAUUGUUUUCCUCGUUGCGGGGGGUAAAAGUAACGAGCCAGUUUUCCUAUGCACAUCAUGAUCACUUUGAAUAAUAUACAAUGACAACAUUUUAAGUAUCUCUGCAGGAGGCCUCAGUCAAAUGCUAUUUUUGUACAUUAAACUUGCUUUCGUCAUUUCUCAAACACUUUGGUCACAUGCUGUGUUGUAUUUUACUGCCCUAAUUUAAGUUUGGAACCAGCAAGCGGACCCAACAAGUGUCAUCAUUUUGCUCUUGUGUUCUAUAGUGGCCUGCCACUUUAAACAAAACGGUACCUCAAGGUUCUGUCAAGUGCACUACUUUGUGUAAAAUGUACCAAACAAGCCAGCAGCUGCAGGACCACUUUGCGAAAGUAAUGUGCAUAAACAUUUGUAAAAUGACAAAUAUGCUUCUCAAUAUGGGUAUUUUUGAAGAGUUAAUAUUUUUUGCACAUUUCAUUUGGAUUUUGUAAGUCACAUCUGCAUAAAUGAUUAAUCAGGACUCUUCUGCUUGUGCAGAGAAUGUGUUUCGUAGUAUUAUUGUUUUGGGGUUGUUUUUUUUUUACUCGUCUGUCUCGACAGAAACGGCAGAUUUAGUCGUGCGCUUUUGUAAAGAACACAACAACAAUUUACAAUCACAAAGCAGGUACUCAGUGUAGUACCCUCACUGAGUCACUAGGUGGCACUGCGCGUUUUCCAUCAGAGUUCAGUGACAGCUCUUCGCAAACAUGUGCAGCCACUCUUUAUUCUUACAGUAUCAUACAGGGAAGGAAAAAUGUCUUUGACACAUGACUUGAAUAUUCUCCCUCGUAGACGACCAACCAAGAUGUUGGCCGUUAGCCCAUCCCGUGUCCAUCCUGUGAUGCAUUUCCUUUGUAGUGUUCUUUUCUCCUGCCUUAAUGUUUCUGCUUUAUUCCACUUCUACAACCAGUGAGUGAAAUUUGAGAGACCUGACUGUCUUUUACACACCCCUUUUAUAUGUAUAUUUAUAGUCUAGUCAGGUGUAAGGAGUACGUGCGUGUAAAGGUUUCCAAUAAAGGCUAUUCGCAAGA